AGGCGGUGGCGGGCGCACCUCCCACCCCGCCGGGGCGCGGCCUCGAAGGCGCAGCCGCUCCGCGCAGCGUAGCAGCGCAGCAUGGAGCGCCGGGUCGCCCGCGAGUUCCGGCACAAGGUUAAUCUGCUAAUUGACAAUGAAGCGGAGAAGGAUUACCUUUAUGAUGUGCUGCGGAUGUACCACCAAUCUAUGAACCUUCCAGUGCUUGUGGGUGACCUAAAACUCGUAAUUAAUGAACCAAGCAGGCUGCCUCUGUUUGAUGCUAUCCGCCCACUUAUUCCAUUAAAACACCAGGUGGAGUACGAUCAGCUUACCCCCAAAAGAUCAAGAAAACUGAAGGAAGUGAGAUUGGAUCGUUUGCACCCUGAAGGACUGGGAAUAAGUGUGAGAGGUGGAGCGGAAUUUAGCUGUGGCCUCUUUAUUUCCCAGUUAGUUAAAGGAGGACAAGCAGACAAUGUUGGACUGCAGGUUGGGGAUGAGAUAGUUCGUAUAAAUGGAUAUUCCAUCUCAUCAUGCACGCACGAGGAAGUCAUAAACCUCAUUCGCACAAAGAAAAUAGUGUCCAUAAAAGUGAGACAUGUUGGAAUGAUACCAGUCAAAAGUUCAGCAGAUGAACCCCUUAAAUGGCAAUAUGUGGAUCAGUUUGUGUCAGAUUCUGGGGAAGGAAAGGGCAGUGUGGCUGGUCUUGCUUCUUCAGGAGGAAGAGACAGUAAAGAGAAGAAAGUCUUCAUUAGCUUAAUCGGCACAAAAGGCAUGGGAUGCAGUAUUUCCAGUGGUCCAACACAAAAACCAGGCAUUUUUGUCAGUAAUGUGAAGCCGGGUUCUCUUUCAGCAGAAGUGGGCUUAGAGGUUGGUGAUCAGAUUGUUGAGGUGAAUGGGGUGGACUUUUCGAAUGUGGAUCAUAAAGAGGCUGUCAGAGUGCUCAAAAGUAGCCGUACUUUGACUAUCUCUGUAGUGGCAGGCGCUGGAAAGGAACUAUUCAUGACUGAAGAAGAGAGGCAGAGAGAAGCACAUCUUCGUGAGCAGGAACGCCAGGAGUUAAUGCAUCAGAAGCGACUGGCACUGGAGACUAACAAAAUCAUCAAAGAGCAGCAAGAGAAAGAGAGAUUAAGAAAAAUGGAAAUUUCCCAGAAGGCUGCAGAGGAAGAAGAGAGAUAUCGCAGAGAAAUUGAGCAGAUAACAGCAGAGGAAGAGAAAUUUAAAAGGGAGUGGGAAGAAGACUGGGGGCCUAAAGAGCCUCCCAAACCUCUGAAAACUGUAACUGCAGAAGUGCACUCUGCUCCUCGUUCUAAACACAAAAUAGAUUUAGAGGGAGUUGCACAUGACCAACUUGAAACAGAUGACAUGGAUGAAGUGAUCAUGAAGCAGGACAAACAGCUUUUGGAUGGUUUUAUCGGUAUGAAGGAAAAUUUCCCACAAUCCGUAAGGUACAAAGUGUGAUAAGUGAGCUUGUUUGCUGUGCAUUUGAAUUUUAAUUCCUCUUCUUUCUUCUCUUUAACACGUAGAAAUUUAGAUGCUUUUCAGAUAUAUCUGCCUAUGAAUGCACUCUUUUGAACACUUAGAACUUCUCAAAACCUGCCAGCUGCAGUGAGAAUUGAGUGUUUACUUUGCAGAAGCUGUUCAGCACAGAUCAAAAAGUCCUCAAAAUAAUAAAUCCAUAAAUAAUAAAAGUUUUUGAAGAUGCAAAAAUUCAAUGGAAGUCAUGUGUGCCAUUUCCAGUUAAACUUGUGCAGAUCUCCCAUUGAGAGUGCUGAAGGCAAAAGGCUUGUGUAAAUCACACACAGAGAGGAAAAGUACCAGAAAAUCUUUAAGUAUGAUGGAAUACUUCUUAAAUCUGUAGAGUCACAUCUAAGACAUUACUGCAGUUCCAAGUAGUACUUUAUUCCUGAUAUUGCUUUGUUCUCUUUAUUUCUUUCAAUAUAUCUUAGUUAUAUCAUAGGUUUCUGUGUUGUUUGUUUCUUAUGAUGGCUGAUAGUAAUUUACUGGGGUAGGACAAACCGUCAAAGAGGGCUCAUAGAUCUCUCUUCAAAGAACUCAAAAUUUCUGAGAAGGACAGAGGAAGUAUUUGAAUCAUCAUUUAUGACUGUUUUUUUUAACCUUCUAGGAGGGUAAGAAAUGCCAGGGGUUUUGAUCUUAACAAGAAUAAGAAAAUGACAGUGUACUCUGAUGCCAUUUCUUAUUGCUAGUGACUGUAAAUCAUCUUCGAUCUGAAACACAUAAAAUCCAGUAUGGUUAGGAUCAUCUGACAAAGAUAAAUACAUUAUGAAAAUUCAGCCUCUUCACACAAAUAGAGGAUUUUUGCUAUGGCUGCUGACCGAGAUAAUUUAUAGAGUCUCCAAAUACCUUCUCAUAUAUUAAUAAAGAUUCAGCUCAGUUCUUGUUGAACUCUGCUACACAAUGUGGACUAAAACUUGAAAGUACCUUAACCUUUUACUUUUAGAAAUACUUUUAAAUAUUCAAACGGUAAAUUUUCUUCCUACUGAAAAUUGCAAAUGGAUUUCCUGCGUGUGCACUAAAAACAAAAUUUCACUCUGUACUUAAAAUAUCUUUAAUAGGAAAUUAACUGAAUCCAUGGGGAAAAGGACAGAAGAGAUGACUCGUCUUGUUGUAUCUGAAAGCAAUAAAUGCAGCUAAGAUUGUCUCUGAUGUUGAUAUUUUGAAACUCUUUGGCAUGCAUACUGCUUAGCGUGCCUUUAGGUUUAGUAAUUUUUCAAAUGUUGAGAGCUGGUGGGUUGACUACCACCUUCCAGAUACAUUAAGUGCUAUCUAUGAAAUGUAGUAUCUUCUAAUUUAUUAGAGGGUAAAAUUUUAUCAAAAAUUGUAACUAAACUAACUAGCUCUGCAUAAAACAUGCCAACAGAAUGUUAUUAAAACAUGAGAAGCUAGCUGUUUGACUUAAGAUUGUUCUGUGGUUUUCUUUUUUAUCUCUAAAAAUGGUUGGUUUUCCAACAGUAGCUACACUUAACUGCAGAGCAGUAGUCAACUUACCACUGAACUCAUCCAACAGGAUCAUGGGCUAAAAGACUAUGAAGAAAUCUUGCCCUUUGGUUGCAUUGUGCAUUCAACAUUUUAGAAUUAUUACGUACAGUAUUAUUUCACACAAAAGCUGAUUUUUGCUGCUGGUGGUAGGGACUGGUCUUCACAAUCUGGAAUUCUUUCCCGAGAGCAGUUUAGUUCCUCUGUUGAUCUAAACCUCUCCUUUAAAGAUGCUCGUUUGUAUUAAGGCAUGCAAUGGUGUGUUUACGAUGUAUGAAGUAUGAAGCAUUUCUUUUUGUUUUUUUAAGCAAAACGUUCGCAUCUAUGUGUACACGAGUGUCUGAAAGCAGUCAGUCUCCUACUGAUGUAAAAAAAAAAUUGAGAUAAUAACUAACCAAACCAAACUAACUAAAGAGAACUAAUCAAAACUGUUUGACUAUUUGAAGUUUUGUAAUGGACCUAUCGGCUCUACAGUUGUAGCUUUGCAGAGAAGUAAGCUGAACUCUCAAAUCUUCUAUACGCUGAACUCUCAGAUCUUCUCUAAGCUAAAUGGCUGUGCACAGGCAGUCCAAAAGAGGUUGAAUUUCUAGCAAAUUGCUGAGGAAAUGCAGUUAAAAAUUAUGCCUGAAAGACUGAUUCCACACUUGCACUAUACUUCAGUUUUCAAGGCAGGCACUCAUGUACUGAGCUUGAAGUUUGCCAUAUUUUUAGUUUAUGUAAAAUUCUAGCUUAAAUAUAAUAAUAAUUCCCAGAAAGGAAAGGAGAGAAAGAAGUCAAAAAGUGACAGUUUUUGUGAACAGAAGAAGAAUAAGAAGGAAAUGGAAUUUGAGCAAAGACUUGCCAAAGAGAAAGAAGGAAUGCUGGAGAAAGAAAAACAACUGAAAAUAAAUCGUCUUGUGCAGGAGGUAUGUUGUAUUCUUCUAUCAGGUGAAAAAUUGCAUUUGAGAAAAAUGAGGUGAAUUUUCAGUGGAAUUACCUGAAUUGGGCACUUGUUUAAUUGUGAAAGAUAACAAAGUUUAAAAAUGAAUUACAUUUCACUACAAACCUCUGUUUCCAAAUUCGAUUGUUGCUACCGUCAAUUUUUGUUCAAAUGAGGCAAAAACUGCAUUUCUAGCGUCCACAUUUAGUGGUGAGUUUAAUGGAAGACAGCAGAAUAGGAAGUCAUUCUCAAAAGCACAGCAAGUUGUAAAACUAAUCUAAAUGGCAUAUCCUAAGUUUGAAGCCUUUGUACUGUAACCAUAUCUCCGAUCUUUUUUUUUAAUACACUGGUGAUAUGCUUAAGGUAUCUGAAACAGAACGUGAAGAUCUGGAAGAAUCAGAAAAAGUGCAGCAUUGGGUGGAAAGACUUUGUCAGACACGGUUAGAACAGAUUUCCUCUGUGGAAAAUGAAUCUCCUGAGGUAAAAUGCUAGUUUUUCUAUAUGCUGCACGAUCUCAAAAUUACUCACUGGUUUUCUCCUAAGAACAACCGCUUUUACCAGAUGUAAUAGAGAAAAAAAAAAAAACUGUCUUGUUCUUUCCUUCUCAGCCUUCAUCCUAAUAAAGGAAAAAGGAAAGAAGAGGAAAACUGUCAGCAGUUGGUGAAUGGCAAUGUAAAUCUGAUGGUUAGACUAGAUGAUCUUAGAGGUCUUUUCCAACUUUAAUGACUCUAUGAUUCUAUAGCAUUUGAUGUUUCUGUAGUUCAUAGAGAUGAUGUCAUCUGUUAAAGGUCAAUGCUAGUGUUUCUGGUUUGUACAUUUCAGUAUGCUAUUGCUACAAAAUAACUUAAUUGGUUCAUGAGCACUCUUUGGGAUAGGUAGAACAUGCUGCCAAUAAAAUUUACUAAGUGAGAGUAGAAUAUCCAGCUGUAUUUUUUUUUAAUAUUCUACACAAAUAAUAACAUCACUAAUCAUUUCUUUAAUGCCUGCUUGAAUUGUAAUCACAAUUCAAGUACUAAUUGCAACUAACUAAGUGACAUUAAGAGACUGACAAAAGAAAAAACCUCCCAAAUAAUCAGAUCCUUUAUUUUAAGUAGUCCUCUCAGAUGAAGAAAAGUUGCAGAGAGUGAUUGUGCCUUAGCUACGUGCCUCUCUGUGUGGAGAGAGGCUUUCCCACCAUCCUGCUGUGUGGCUUUCUUCCAAGCACAGCUGCUUUCAGGAGGAACACUGCAAUCUACUGAAUUCCCCUGGGACUCCAAGCAAUUGUAACCACACAACCACAAAGGGACCCUUGGGGAACCCUCUGAGUCAAAUUUUCUAAGGGUCAAUAUGCAGCACCCCUGAAAAAAACAGCUGGUCUUCUAUUCUUCCUACUCAUAGGUUUGGAUCCACUUUGUUCUUUAGUGCAGGUCUCCAGAAUGGUGGAAUGAUUACGCUAAGUUUUUCUUCGGCUUUCUACUGGAUUUUGGUCCCUCUUUUUGGAAAGUAAAGUUGGCACAUUAUGGGCUAAAGUCACUGUUGCAGAGCUCUACUCUCAUUUGAGACAAAUAUUCUGUAUUUGCGCUACCAAUUCUUCUACAUUAUGUAUAAUUAGCCUAUUGUAGAACUUCUACAAAACUACUCAAGCAGUUACACUCAUAUAAUAUGUAAAGAUAGAAUGCUUCUGAGGAAUAGAUGCAGCUGAACUGUAUUCAAGUACUACAGGCCUGAACUCCUGCUUGGGUACAAGAGCAACCAACAUCUAUUUUACUUGGGAAGAAAUGUGUGUGUUUUUUUAGUACCAAAAAGUGAUUAUGCCACAUGAGAUCUCAACGUCAACAGAAAUCCAUUUGGGGAAAAUGGUGUCAGAUUAGGCUAAGAUGCAUGCAUCUGUAGAACAGCUUAUCUCUCUUUAAUAUUUCCUAAGUUGCAUCUAUCAACUGGAGUUUCUUACCUGCUUAAAUCAUACCACUGAUCAAUGUCUAAACAAAACGUUAGUAACUGUAACAGCACAUAUGCAAUCUUUCUUUAUACUUGUAAAUGCUUUCUCUUAAGUUUCUGCGAGGUGAGUGGCUUAUUCUGUUCAAAUUGUGGAAUUUGCAAGUCAUGUGUUGAUCAAUAGAAAUUAUAAAGUCCA